AUGGCGGAAACCAAAGAGAACUAUGACCUGACCCCUCGAGUAGCUCCUAACCUGGACAGACACCUGGUGUUUCCUAUACUCGAGUUCCUUCAAGAGCGUCAGCUUUAUCCUGAUGAGCAGAUCCUCAAGUUCAAGAUCGAGCUUUUGAACAAGACAAACAUGGUCGAUUACGCCAUGGAUAUCCACAAGAGUCUCUACCACACCGAAGACGCUCCCCAAGAUAUGGUGGAAAGGAGAGCAGAGGUAGUGGCGAGGCUGAAAUCUCUGGAGGAGGCGGCUGCGCCACUCGUGACAUUCCUUUUGAACCCUAACGCGGUGCAGGAGCUUAGGGCUGACAAGCAGUACAAUCUCCAGAUGCUCAAGGAACGCUACCAGGUUGUGAUUUGGCUGAUUUCGUACUCACUGUUUGAUUUUGCAUUUGAGUUUUUCAUCGCCGUUAAACCAGGUGCAGAACAGGAUUUGGUUGAUGCAUUGGGGUAUCUGAAUGCCAUACAAACUAGUGCUCCGCACUUGCUUCGUUACUUGGCAACUGCUUUCAUUGUCAACAAAAGGAGAAGACCUCAACUGAAAGAAUUCAUUAAGGUCAUUCAGCAAGAGCACUACUCCUACAAAGAUCCUAUUGUCGAGUUCCUGGCAUGUGUGUUUGUUAAUUACGACUUUGAUGGGGCUCAAAAGAAGAUGAAAGAGGUGCUUGCUGAGAAGCUAAAUCUGAACUAUGAGGAGGCAGAGAGAUGGAUUGUGAACCUGAUCCGCACCUCAAAGCUUGAUGCCAAGAUUGAUUCCGAGUCAGGAACUGUAAUCAUGGAGCCUACUCAGCCCAACGUGCAUGAGCAGUUGAUAAACCACACCAAAGCCUUAUCAGGACGGACUUACAAGUUAGUGACUCAGCUCUUGGAACACACACAAGGUCAAGCAGCUCGCUAA